UUAAGACUUUAAAAAUGAAAUCAAAUAUAAAUAAAUAAAUACUAAUUAUGAUGCCAUCAGAAAUGUUUAUAUUUCUAUUUUGAUGUUUGUUUGUCUUUUUCAGCGAUAAUCAUGAGUCAAAAGACAAAGCUUCCUCAUCUAGUGGAGAACUGGACAAAAGAGCAAGUUCACUACUGGUUAACUGAAAUAAUACAAGUAGAUAAAGAAUAUGCAGAGAUGUUAUAUAAGGAAGACGUAUCAGGGAAAGCACUAGUUUGCUUCAAACCCAGGGAUCUGCACUACCUUGGCAUUAAGCUUGGUCCAGCUAUGAUUAUUACAGACAAAUUAAAGGCGUACAGACAGCAUUAUGAACCAGAUUCUGUAUCUCCUGAACAUUUACAAACACAAACAGAAGAGGACAAACUGGACAAAACUGAAAAAACCCAAGACAUACUAAUACAUCAACCACAAAGACAUACACCAUUUAAAACAGAUAAUGCGGAUUCCAAGUCAAAAGAUUCAUUAGACCUUUCCCAAGAUAAAAAGCCUAAACAAUCUUCCAGCCAUUCAGCCUCCAAAGAAACUAAACAAAAAGAGCCAGCAAAAAUGAAAACAUCGGUCACCAAGGCAAAUAGCAUUAUUGAUACAAAAAAAACAGAUUCUGCAUCUCCUGAACAUUCCCAAACACACAAUGAAGAGGACAAACUGGACAGAACUGAGGAAAUCCAAGACAUAUUAACACAUCAACCACAAAGACAUUCACCUAAAAAAUCUAAGGAAAAAUCAGAAAAAAACUCCAAAAGUAGCCAAGUGGCAAACAUUGGGGAUGAUUCUUUGAGAUUAAGAUCCGAUAAUGCGGAUUCCAAACCAAAAGAAUCAUUAGAGCCUUCACAAGAUAAAAAGCCUAAACAAUCUUCCAGCCAUUCAGCCUCCAAAGAAACUAAACAAAAACAGUCAGCCAAAAAGAAAACAUCGGUUAUUAAGGCAGAUAGCAUAAUUGAUAUAAAAAAAACUGAUUCUGCAUCUUCUGAACAUUCCAAAACACACCAUGAUGAGGACAAACUGGACAAAAUUGAGGAAAUCCAAGACACUUCAACAGGUCAAACGCAGAUAUCUACAAAGACAGGUAAGAAAUCUACAAGAAAAUCAAGCAAAAAAAGAAAAUCUAAGAAUCAGACAUUAAACAUUGAUAAAGAUUCAACAGAUUUGACCCCAAGUGCUCAAAAAGAUGAUUGCCAGAAAAAAGAAGAAUUAAAACUGUUACCAUCUCAAGAAAAAAAAAUUGAAAGUUCCAGUCAACAGGAAGUCAAAUCAAACUCAAAUGAAUCUGAAUCAAGACAGUCUCUUGACUUUAAACUGUUAGUCAACAAUGCAGAUAAAACAACUGAAAGAGACAGGAGCACAAGAAAGCCUGGACAACACUCAUGUAGUCUCUAUCCAUUUGACCAGAGCUCUGCUUCUCAUCGAUACAUUCAAAACUACACUUUACCACCAGAGACUGGACCAGGUAAUCUGAUUGAUCCAGUUCAUGAGUAUAAGUUUAUGGGCAGAACAGAUGAUAUAACUGUGAUAAAGAAGAAGUUCAAUAAAGAGGUGUUUCGCUUUGCUGCUGGCUGUAUGAACAGCCGUACAAACGGAACCAUCCACUGCGGUGUUGCAGAUUGUAAAAGUUCUGAAUAUGCCCAUGGUGAGAUUAUUGGGGUAACUGUUGAGAACAAGGACACCAUCAUUGAUCACUUUAAUCAAGACAUUAAAUCAUUCUUUGAAGAUCAUCCAGAAGAAGCAAAGGCGUGCAUCAGACAACCUCGCUUUGUAGAAGUUCUCUGUCCUGAUGGUACUCUCUCUGGAAAAUAUAUCAUAGAGGUGGAUGUUGUUCCAUCCCACAGCAUAGUUGAUGGAAAACUAUUUUAUAUCCAGACUCUUGAUGAAGAGAAUCAAUGGAAAAAGAGCAAAGGAAAGUCACUUUUCAUCAGAGAGGGAGCAUCAACUCGUGAUAUCUGUAAAAUUGGUAAUCCGAGAGAUCUGCAAUCUGAAUUAGCUCGAGUAAAUACAAACGUCAAUGUUCUGGACAACAGGAGGAAAGAGGCUGAAAAGAGACCCGAAAGCAAAAGAACAUCAAAUCAAGGGGAAAAGCUGAAGAAUCUGCUGACAUGUGGAGGAAACAGACUGGAUCAUUACGAUUAUUUCAUCAUUGUAACAAACAAGAGUCACCCUGAACAGCUCCAGCAUCUUCAGUUCAUGACAACCUUGAGAUUGUUUAGUGUACUGGACUAUGAUUCUGACUCUGCAGUAAAUGGAUCCUGCCACAACUACAGAGAUGUCCGAGUUGCAAACCUUCACACACCAAGUCAGUUUAAUGGGGAUCCAGGAGCAAUUGUGAAAAAGCUCAACUUGUACAAACAAACAAGCUGGGUGUUUUGUAAUGGCAGAGAAGAUCUGAUUUGUAAUGACAGAGAUUUCAACAAUGAAUCUGACAAACCACUUCGACCUAGCGAAUGGUUAAUACACAAAGCAGGAGAGGUACAAGACAUGAUCUCGUUCCUCUGCAACCCUGACACUCUUCCUAGAGGACGAUUCUUAGUCAUAUUUCUCCUCCUCUCCACUGUUGAGGCCAUGAAUGACCCAAUGUUUGACACUUUCAUGUCAUUUUAUAAAAACCUUGCGGGCACAGAAAACAUUUUAAGUAUUUGCACUUCAGAUGUGUCCUUUCAAAAAUGGAGAGACUUUAUUCAGGCCAGAUGUGAACAUGACAUCAGUCACCGGAGCAUAUAUGAUCUGGAGCUCAGUGAAAUCAACGGGACGAUACUGAAACUUGGACAGAACAAGCCACAUGCACAGAAAAUUCUUCCAUCUGCUGAGGGCAGUUCAGUGGUUCUCCAACAAAAGGAUGAAGACCUCAUGCCAUCUCUUGAUGUCCUUUGUGAAAAUGAGUGUGAGAAUGUAUUUGAUGAGAACAGUUCAGAAUUUCAGGAAUUCCAAAUUAAAACAGAAGCUGAAUUCUACAGAGGUGACAAAGUCAAAUGGUGGAAUUUUUACUUCUCAGAAAAAAAUACAGCAAAACCUUUCAUAAAAAGGGACAAAUAUGAUCAACUUAAACGUUUAAUCGAAUCUAAAACCAAAAAUCCAGCAAGCACAUGUGUUAUGGUGAAUCUUUUCCAUCAUCCUGGUUGUGGGGGAACCACUUUAGCCAUGCAUGUGAUGUGGAAUCUGAGAAAAGAUUUCCGUUGUGCAGUUCUAAAAGACAACACAGCUUCCAAAUUUGACGUAGCUCAACAAGUGGCCUACUUGAUAAAAUGUGGAAAAAAUGAGACUUCACGGACAACACCAGCACUUUUAUUAGUAGAUGACUCCGAAGACACUGAAAACACAGAGGAACUUCAACAUUCUAUGCGAAAAACUCUAGAGGAAAUUUCCCCAAAUGCACUUGUUGUUGUUCUAAAUUGCUUACGUUCAAAAACACCAAAAUUGAGAUACUCAAACAGUGUCAUUGAGAGCCAGUUUAUCACAGCAACACUAUCUAAAGAAGAAAUGGACGCCUUUGAGAUGAAACUAACAGAACUCCAAAAAACCCAUGAAAAACCAGAGAACUUCUAUAGUUUCAUGAUCAUGAAAUCAAACUUUAGUCAAGACUAUGUUACAAAUGUCACUCGUAAUAUUCUGAAAGAUCUUGAUAUUGAAAGAAAACAAGCACAACUCUUUUCAAUUCUGGCACUACUGAACUCUUAUGUGGCUGAAUCAGCCAUUUCCGUGUCACUGUGUGAAGAUUUUCUUGGCAUUAAGCGAAACUUUUGGGGGAAACAAACAGUUUUGGAUGAAAUGGAACCACAGUCAUGCUUGCUAAUUGAGUUUGAAGCUGAAGAAGGUGGCGUGUACAAAGCAAUUCGUUUUGUUCAUCAACGGAUUGCAACAGAAUGUGUCAAAGAGUUGGAAGAGACACACAAAAUACCAAGAUCUGACAUAGUCCAUAAUUUGCUGCAUUGUGACUUGUUCUUCAAAUCUGGAAUAGGAAAGGAUAAUCUCCUGCAGUCAGUAAAAAGCAUGCUAAUAACUAGACAACGCAAGACAGAAGGUGAUGAGAAAGACACUCUGUUUUCACUUUUGAUAGAGGACAUCAAUAAAGAGAAUGACAAACUGAAAAAAAUUCAGGACAUCUUUACAGAGGCAUCAAAACGAUUUGAUAAAGACUUUGUAAUUCCUCAAGCUUUAGCAAGACAUUUGUAUCUGAAUGAAAAUAACUUUGCACAAGCAAAGGACUGGGCAAACAAAGCUAAAACCAUCAAAGAAAAUUCAUAUACUCUUGAUACUGUUGGCCAGGUCUCUAGAAGUGAGCUGAAAAGCAAAAUUAAAGAGAACAAAAAACCCACACCUGAUGACCUACAAGAAUAUCUGAAUCUAGCUGAUGAAGCAAUAGAAGCUUUCCAAAGGGCUCAAUUAUUGGCAAAGACAGAUGAUAGUCCAGAUCUGGAAGAGACUUCCCAUAGGAAACCAAACACCUACAACAUAUCUGGAUACAUGAGCGAGAUUGACAUUGCAAUGACAGUCUUUGACAUUGUAAAGGGACUGCCAUUGUUUGAGGAAGGAGAUUCAAUGAAAGAUGAUUAUAUUCAACAAUUUUUCAAAGGUAAAAUAUCCAUAAUUAACAUUCCAGUAAUCCAGAAUGACAACAACAAAAAACUGACUGAAAUUCUUAGGGAGUAUGAACCAUUCCUUGUGUCUUUGAAGCAAGAAGUAGACAAAGCAUUUGAUUUCCUUGAAUAUUUUUUCACCUACACUAGGGAGAAAGGCAUUGUUGACAAAGAAAAGCAGUUUAGGAACAGGGAAAAGCUAUCUGAGCACUUCAAAAAAUAUAUCUCCCUGUUCUCAAAGGACAGGCUAAAUGAAAAAAAGCACAAACCAAAGUUGAGCAUGAACAUGGAAAUUGAAGAAUUUCGAAUGUACCUGGAGGAAAAUAGGGCAAACAACUUCCCAAGAAUUCUUCAGUUUCUGGAAUUCAGAAAAAACAUGAUUGAGCAUAUUGUUGAGAAACACUCAUUUAUCUAUAAGAAUUGCACGACCAAGACCCUCAAGGACAAAACAAAUCAUUUGCUUGCACACAUAAUUCUCAAGCUGAAUAAACCAAGUUCACGAUUUGCAAAAACCCAAAUAGAACUCAUUGAUCUUCUGAAGGAACUUUUGCAAGAAGCUGGAACACAGCAUCCACAUCCAGAGCCUUACUACCUUGCUGUAUUGUUGCUGUGGCCAGGAAAACAUGUCACUGACCCCCGAAUAACUACGUAUGUGGAAACGCAAAAAAAAUCCUCUAGAAAGCAAUUCUCACACAUUUUCAGAGUCAGAAACCCAAUCGCCUACUUCUAUCUAGGAAAAUCUGAUGGAAUAGAACGAUUGGUUCCCAAAGCCAGCCUUGACAUCGACUUUGUUAAUGUGCGAGAUCGAAAUGUUCUAUGGCAAACUGCAGACAUUUUCAAGGAGCAGGCUAUAAAGGACAAACUCUGCAGGGUUAACGGCAUAAUGGAGCAGGGUGAGCUUUAUGCUCAGUAUGGAAAGCACUGGAUCCCUGUGCGCCGCACAUACCUUGGAGGACUGAGAAGUGGUCAUAGCACAGAGAGGGUGACUUUCUACAUUGGUUUUGCUAUUGAUGGUCCACUAGCAUAUGACAUCCAAUAUGCAGACAUGAGAGCUGAUACAUAAUCAAACCUAUAAGCCUGAUCUUUUUUUUUAUUUCUUUUACCAAUUCUCCAAAUGUAUCAGUUAUGUUAGACAUUUAUUUUGAACAUAUGUAUGAGAUGCAGUGAUAUGAAAUUACAAUCAACAUUUAUCAGCCUCAUUUUUGGGAUAUUUUAUAUACUAUAUAUAGCAAAAACAGAGAGUCAUAAGCAAAUAAUAUUUUUCAGGUUGUCAAGUUAAUAACUUGUAUUAUAUCUGUAUAUACAUGUAUCUGUUUCCAUAAUUAGUUUCAGUGACAUUUGUUUGAUACUGAAGGACCAAAAAAAUGAAUAUUAUUCUCAGAUAAAUGGAAACAAUGGAAUUAAUGCAAGACAAAAAUUUAAUUUGAGAUUUACAAGUUGAAAUGUACUGUACAAUAAAUCAAA